CGGACACCUGCGAAGCGAAUCAGAUUGCGCGCACGACGACGACGACCUCCUCCUCCUCUCGUCUUCUCGCCUUCUUCUUCGUCAAUCUGAUCUCGGGUCCCUUCUCUGUUUCUCAUGUCGAUUGCAGCUGCCUCCUCCCUCUCCUUCGGCUCGUCGCGUUACAAUCUGUGCCAUUCGGAAUGCUCGACGUCUUGUGGUAUCGCAAGCACGAGCAGCUGGAUGAAACAUCCCCUCGACGGGCGAAGGGCUGUGGAUUUUUCUUCAAUGAGAACGCUACCCUUCCAGUGGCUGCCAAUAGGAAAUGAGCUCUGCCUUUCGAGGGUUUCAGUUGCUGCUGAUUACCCUGAUUCUCUGCCUGAUUCAUCUAAUUACAUAAGCGACCAGGGUUACCAUCCUCUCGAAGAGCUUAAACCUUGCAAGAGAACCCGCGACACUAAACUUACUUCAGCAGAAAUUGCAAGGACAACUGUUGAGGCAUGCAGUAGCGCUUUGCUAGUUUUCCCAGGGCCUGUACACUGUGAGCCCCAUGAACAAAUAUCAUGGGCAGAGUUUCAGUAUGUUGUGGAUGAUUAUGGAGAUAUAUUCUUUGAAAUUUUCGACAGCGAGAACAUCCUAGAAGAUCGUGGUGCAACUAGCCCCGUGAAUGUAUUCAUCGGAAUGGAUAUACCAGUUUAUGAUAACAAGAAGAUGGCUGAUGAGUACGAUAUGUCAGAUAUUGGUAUGACUGAGAUAUCUUAUGAAGAAGAUUAUCUUGAGGUAAUGGAAACUGAAGUGUUCGAUAGUGCAGUAGAUUGGGGAAUGCCAGAUCCUUCUAUCUUGGUCCAUCCGCUUUAUUUUGCCAAGUGCUUAAUAAAGGCAGUCAAUACGGAGUAUGAAAAAAAGAUGGACAAUCCAUCAAAUGGCUUGUCCAUUUUGGGAUGCCUCAGACCUGCUUUUUCUGAUGAAGAAUCUUAUCUGAGAAAGCUCUUUCAAAGUGAGGAUGCCGAUAACCACAACUUGGACUGGAAAGAUGCUGAUGUCGUUACCUUGGCUUCAAGCGACAGGAAAGGCUGUAACUCGAUAAUUUAUAGGUUAGAGAUUUUGAGAAUAGAGCUGUUCUCAGUGUAUGGUUCUCAGUGCGAAAUUCAUUUGCAAGAUUUUCUAGAUGCUGAGCCCGAUGUCCUUGUACACUCCACGUCAGCAAUUCUAGACCGCUUUAGCGAGAAAGGAAUUAGGUGCAAUGUUGCCCUGAAAGCUCUCUGCAAAAGGAAGGGGCUUCAUGUGGAGGGAGCUAAUCUAAUUGGAGUUGACAGUCUGGGCAUGGAUGUCAGAGUUUAUUCUGGAGCCGAAGUACGAACACACCGUUUUCCUUUCAAAACUCAGCCGCUAGGAGCAUCUGCAAGUGUGCCAAGGUGCACGCAUGUGCAUACAGGGGGGGAGAGAGAGAUGCAUAAGCCUCAUAUGUCAUUAACUAAUGAAGUAAGGCCACAUCGGAGGCUGCAGCAGAGAAGCAGAUUCAGCAACUAUUAUUCCCGAGGUCACGGAGGAAAAAGUUGAGAACUCAUGGUGAUGGAUAUAGGAAUCCCGACCCUUACUAGCUCUAUCGAUUUUCUCUGUGAUGAGACCCGAACCUUCAGAGUAAUAAUUAGGAAUAAGUCAAGCCAUAAGGUAGGCCUUGAUAUCGUUUUCUAUAUUUUCGGCCAUGGGUAAUGUUUUUGUUUUUGUUUAAUUGUUGUGCAAUAGUUCAAUAACGUAUAGGGAGAAUGUAGGAGAAGAUUUGAGUAGUCCUGGUUGUCAUCUUCUAUCUUCUACUAAGAGAUGCAAAAUUAAAGAACUACUAGAGAUUUGUUAAAGUGGUCAUCAAAAUCAAAUCCAUGGCUCA